AUGACGUCUAGCUGCCAGACCACCGUGACGUCUAGCUGCCAGACCACCGUGACGUCUAGCUGCCAGACCGCCGUGACGUCUAGCUGCCAGACCGCCGUGACGUCUAGCUGCCAGACCACCGUGACGUCUAGCUGCCAGACCACCGUGACGUCUAGCUGCCAGAGGAGUGCAGGGGUCUCUUUUGGAGUGUGACUGUACUCCUCUAUGUUCUGUGACUGUACUCCUCUAUGUUCUGUACAUUGUGUCUUUUCCACACUGCAUUCUGGAACUGACAGCCACUCUGCCAGGCCACCCAGCCACUCUGCCAGGCCACCCAGACCUCUUCCUAUAAAUACAUCUCUGGAUGGUCACUGCAUGUACAGCUAAUAUAUAGUGACUUAGUCAUAUAGCGAUGGCCACUCUCUGCCAGGCCAGACCAUUUACUAUUUAUAUCUCUGGAUGGUGCAACGCAUCCGCAUGCUUCAGUUCAGCUGGCGCCUAGCUGGACCCAACCAGUGUACUCUCAUGUAUAGUGGCUGGAUGUGUAGUGGCUGGAUGUAUAGGUUAUGUAUAAUGGCUGGAUGUGUAGGUUAUGUAUAAUGGCUGGAUGUGUAGUGGCUGGAUGUGUAGGUUAUGUGUAGUGGCUGGAUGUGUAGGUUAUGUGUAGUGGCUGGAUGUGUAGGUUAUGUAGUGGCUGGAUGUGUAGGUUAUGUAUAGUGGCUGGAUGUGUAGUGGCUGGAUGUGUAGGUUAUGUGUAGUGGCUGGAUGUGUAGGUUAUGUAUAGUGGCUGGAUGUGUAGGUUAUGUAUAGUGGCUGGAUGUGUAGUGGCUGGAUGUGUAGGUUAUGUAGUGGCUGGAUGUGUAGGUUAUGUAUAGUGGCUGGAUGUUUAGGUUAUGUGUAGUGGCUGGAUGUUUAGAUCAGUGUUGAGUUAAAAGAGCAGUGAUUUAUACAUUUUCCUGCUAAGAAUAGUAGUUCUAUUAGAGGGUUUCAGUCUGUGACUGGGGUUUAAAUCCACCUGACUCCAGUCAUCUUUACAUUCAUGACCUGGACUAUGUUACUCUAUGCAACCCGCCACCACCUUGCCUUUCACACGUCAGCGCAUGGCCAUCUCUUAACGGUACAAUCUCUGAUACAUACGGCUAUUCGACAGCCAUGUCUGCAGCGUUGAAGGUCCGCAAGAACACAGUGGCCUCCAUCAUUCUUAAAUGGAAGAAGUUUGGAACCAACAAGACUCUUCGUAGAGGUGUCUGCCCGGCAAACAGCAAUCGAGGGAGAAGGGACUUGGUCAGGGAGGUGAUCAAGAACCCAAUGGUCACGCUGACAGAGCUGUAGAGUUCCUCUGUGGAGAUGGGAGAACCUUCCAGAAGGACAACCAUCUCUGCAGCACUCCACCAAUCAGGCCUUUAUGGUAGAGUGGCCAGACGGAAGUCACUCCUCAGUAAAAGGCACAUGACAGCCCGCUUGGAGUUUGCCAAAAGGCACCUAAAGACUCUCAGACCGUGAGAAACAAGAUUCUCUGGUCUGAUGAAACCAAGAUUGAACUCUUUGGCCUGAAUGACAAGUGUCACGUCUGGAGGAAACCUGGCACCAUCCCUACGGUGAAGCAUGGUGGUGGCAGCAUCAUGCUGUGGGGAUGUUUUUCAGCGGCAGGGGCCGGGAGACUAGUCAGGAUUGAGGCAAAGAUGAACGGAGCAAAGUACAGAGAGAUCCUUGAUGAAAACCUGCUCCAGAGCGCUCAGGACCUCAGACUGGGGCGAAGGUUCACCUUCCAACAGGACAACAACCCUAAGCACACAGCCAAGACAACGCAGGAGUAGCUUCGGGACAAGUCUCUGAAUGUCCUUGAGUGGCCCAGCCAGAGCCCGGACUUGAACCCGUUCUAACAUCUCUGGAGAGACCUGAAAAUAGCUGUGCAGCGAUGUUCCUCAUCCAACCUGACAGAGCUUGAGAGGAUCUGCAGAGAAGAAUGGGAGAAACUCCCCAAAUACAGCAGGUGUGCCAAGCUUGUAGCGUCAAUCCAAUUUCGAAUCUGUUCUUUUAUCCUGCAGUCUGAACAGCCAAAAAGCACAUGGAAUCUGAUAUUUCAAGCCACAUUUUUAAACCACCUUCAUAGGUGGUUUGAAGUCAGAUUCCAUCGCACACGUAUUGUUACUAUGACAACUAGCUUAGCCUUGUCAGCAAGUGACACACAAACACUGACUGAACACACACUCAUCACUUUUAACUUUCUGUUUGGACAGUCAGUAUUCCAAAACGGAAUUUGAAAAACAAAAACUAAUUUGAGCAUCAAGGCCUGCAGUGUGAACAAGGUUUAAGAGGCCGUGGUGGCGUUGGCAGAAAGCCUAAUAGCUUUACAGGCGUAUAGUUGGAUAAAUGAACCAUACAUCAUGCACCUGUUACCGGUUAAAUCUACAGCAGGCUUAGUGCUCACUUCGCUCCCUCUGAAGUAGAUCUAUUCAGACAACCAGAAAUCAUUACCAUCUCUCCAGUUGUUAGAUUACAUUGUCAUUUAGCAGACACUCUUAUACAGAGCGACUUACUUAGUGCAUCCAUCUUAAGGUAGCUAGGUGAGACAACCACAUCAUUCAUACAGUUGAAGUCUGAAGUUUACAUACACCUUAGCCAAAUACAUUUCAACUCAUUUUUUUCACAAUUCCUGACAUUUAAUCCUAGUAAAAAUUCCCUGUCUUAGGUCAGUUAGGAUCACCACUUUAUUUUAAGAAUGUGAAAUGUCAGAAUAAUAGUAGAGAAUUUAUUUAUUUCAGCUUUUAUUUCUUUCAUCACAUUCCCAGUGGGUCAGAAGUUUACAUACACUCAAUUAGUAUUUGGUAGCAUUGCCUUUAAAUUGUUUAACUUGGGUCAAACGUUUCAGUUAGCCUUCCACAAGCUUACCACAAUAAGUUGGGUGAAUUUUGGCCCAUUCCUCCUGACAGAGCUGGUGUAACUGAGUCAGGUUUGUAGGCUUCCUUGCUCGCACACGCUUUUUCAGUUCUGCCCACAAAUGUUCUAUAGGAUUGAGGUCAGGGCUUUGUGAUGGCCACUCCAAUACCUUGACUUUGUUGUCCUUAAGCCAUUUUGCCACAGCUUUGGAAGUAUGCUUGAGGUCAUUGUCCAUUUGGAAGACCCAUUUGCCACCAAGCUUUAACUUCCUGACUGAUGUCUUGAGCUGUUGCUUCAAUAUAUCCACAUAAUUCUCCUUCCUCAUGAUGCCAUCUAUUUUGUGAAGUGCACCAGUCCCUCCUGCAGCAAAGCACCCCCACAGCAUGAUGCUGCCAUCCCCGUGCUUCACGGUUGGGAUGGUGUUCAUCAGCUUGCAAGCUACCCCCUUUUUCCUCCAAACAUAACAAUGGUCAUUAUGGCCAAACAGUUCUAUUUUUGUUUCAUCAGACCAGAGGACAUUUCUCAACAUUUCUCAAAGUACCAUCUGCAAACCGUAGUCUGGCUUUUUUAUGGCGGUUUUGGAGCAGUGGCUUGUUCCUUGCUGAGCGGCCUUUCAGGUUAUGUCGAUAUAGAACUUGUUUUACUGUGGAUAUAGAUACUUUUGUACCCGUUUCCUCCAGAAUCGUCACAAGGUCCAUUGCUGCUGUUCUGUGGUUGAUUUGCACUUUUCACACCAAAGUACGUUCAUCUCUAGGAGACAGAACGCGUCUCCUUCCUCAGCGGUAUGUGGGCUGCAUGGUGUUUAUACUUGCGUACUAUUGUUUGUACAGAUGAACGUGGUACCUUCAGGCGUUUGGAAAUUGCUCCCAAGGAUGAACCAGACUUGUGGAAAAUUCUGAGGUCUUGGCUGAUUUCUUUUGAUUUUCCCAUGAUGUCAAGCAAAGAGGCACUGAGUUUGAAGGUAGGACUUGAAAUACAUCCACAGUUACACCUUCAAUUGACUCAAAGUAUGUCAAUUAGCCUAUCAGAAGCUUCUAAAGCCAUGACAUCAUGUUCUGGAAUUUUCCAAGAUGUUUAAAGGCACUGUCAACUUAGUGUAUGAAAACUUCUGACCCACUGGAAUUGUGAUACAGUAAAUUAUAAGUGAAAUAAUCUGUCUGUAAACAAUUGUUGGAAAAAGUAGUUGUGUCAUGCACAAAGUAGAUGUCCUAAUCGACUUGCCAAAACUAUAGUUUGUUAACAAGAAAUUUGUGGAGUGGUUGGAAAACACUCCACAAAGUAUAGUACAAGUAUAGUGAUUGUAAUAUUCAGUACAUUUUUAUAAUUAACAGAAAAUAUAUCUAAUAUGUAAUUUAUACUUUAACUUUGUAAAUCAAUAUUUAUUCAUAUAGUAUUAUUUUGUCUCCAUGAGUUUCUCGUAGAUAGACCAUGUGGUUCAAGAGAAAAUUGUCUAAUGAAAAAGCAUUUAUUCAACAAUGGCAUUAUUUUUAAUUACCUCUGCAACUCGUCCAAUUUAGACUUUUACAACUGCCUGGGUUUGACAACGAAACAUAGAAAACCAAUACAUAUUGACAGUAAAAUAAGUGAUGCUGAAAACCAUAUUAAACAAUGGUGAGGAUAAAUCUGUAAAACAUCUUAUCUUAUUUCAUAUUUUCCAUGUGGUAACUUCUGUUUCCAGUAAUAUCCCCCCCUUUCAAUCAUACUGAAGAGGAUAUUAUCAAGAUUGAUUUCUGUUUCACAACAUCUGUUUUAAAAUAACUUUUGGUCCUACUGUGGAGGGCUUAGUGUUGGCCUCACUGUCUGGUCGAUUCAUAUUACUAAAUGUACCAAGCUCAUGAUAAAUGACUUACUUGUAGGUGGAUGAAGUCUUGAACUAGACUGCUUCCUUUUUUGUUUUGAACCACCCCUAAGCAUUGGUAUGGGUUGGGGCUAAAUAUAGUGUGCUCCCUGUUUUUCACGCUUGUUGCUAACUGUUGUUUUUCCUCUCUCUAGGUGGGGACCAGGGGAUCUUGAAUGGCUACUUCAGUAACUGGGCAACCGCAGAUAUAUCAAAGCACCUCCCUUUCAUCUACAACCUCAGCAGCAUCGCAAUCUACACCUACCUUCCAGCAUUCAAACAGUACGUACUCAAUCUACACCUACCUUCCAGCAUUCAAACAGUACGUACUCAAUCUACACCUACCUUCCAGCAUUCAAACAGUACGUACUCAAUCUACACCUACCUUCCAGCAUUCAAACAGUACGUACUCAAUCUACACCUACCUUCCGGCAUUCAAACAGUACGUACUCAAUCUACACCUACCUUCCAGCAUUCAAACAGUACGUACUCAAUCUACACCUACCUUCCGGCAUUCAAACAGUACGUACUCAAUCUACACCUACCUUCCGGCAUUCAAACAGUAAGUACUCAAUCUACACCUACCUUCCAGCAUUCAAACAGUAAGUACUCAAUCUACACCUACCUUCCAGCAUUCAAACAGUACGUACUCAUGUGAUGGAGAACCGUGUGUAGAUCUAGGUGUUGGUUUUGGCCGUAACUGCUAUCUGGAGAUGUCUGUAUUUCUUACAUUGAGAAACAUUCAGCUAAAUCACAAACUUAAAUCUCUGAGGUGUUUUUUAUAAUUCCCUGAUCUGCCAAACAUUAACGACCCAUAAGAGUUUAAGCCGGUUCUACUAAGCUAUAUGCAAUUGUUUUAAGAAGAUCGUACCAAGGAUCAUUUAGCUAUUUGAUUUUGAAUUUAUGACCCCUUGAAGUAUCAAAAUAUAUUAUGUUUUUUGAUGAAAAAUUGUAUUUUGGCUUUACUGCUAUUAGCCCAUACAAACGCAUUGAAUAACAGAUUCACUACAUGGAACAACAGAUAGUCCUUACUGCUAUUAGCCCAUACAAACACAUUGAAUAACAGAUUCACUACAUGGAACAACAGAUAGUCCUUACUGCUAUUAGCCCAUACAAACACAUUGAAUAACAGAUUCACUACAUGGAACAACAGAUAGUCCUUACUGCUAUUAGCCCAUACAAACACAUUGAAUAACAGAUUCACUACAUGGAACAACAGAUAGUCCUUACUGCUAUUAGCCCAUACAAACACAUUGAAUAACAGAUAGUCCUUAGUGCUAUUAGCCCCAUACAAACACAUUGAAUAACAGAUUCACUACAUGGAACAACAGAUAGUCCUUACUGCUAUUAGCCCCAUACAAACACAUUGAAUAACAGAUUCACUACAUGGAACAACAGAUAGUCCUUACUGCUAUUAGCCCAUACAAACACAUUGAAUAACAGAUUCACUACAUGGAACAACAGAUAAAUCUAGGGAAAGUAUUCUUGGGCUGUGAGAACGGGAGGUGUAAGGCGAUACAGUCACAUGACUGUGCUUAUGCCAUGACAUCAGGUUACCAGUGAGUUUAGGGGGCAACAGUAGUUGGUCUAAAAGCCUCCCUCAGCCAUCCCCUAGGCCUCGUGCCUCCCUCAGCCAUCCCCUAGGCCUCGUGCCUCCCUCAGCCAUCCCCUAGGCCUCGUGCCUCCCUCAGCCAUCCCCUAGGCCUCGUGCCUCCCUCAGCCAUCCCCUAGGCCUCGUGCCUCCCUCAGCCAUCCCCUAGGCCUCGUGCCUCCCUCAGCCAUCCCCUAGGCCUCGUGCCUCCCUCAGCCAUCCCCUAGGCCUCGUGCCUCCCUCAGCCAUCCCCUAGGCCUCGUGCCUCCCUCAGCCAUCCCCUAGGCCUCGUGCCUCCCUCAGCCAUCCCCUAGGCCUCGUGCCUCCCUCAGCCAUCCCCUAGGCCUCGUAGGGUUAGAUAUCCAGCUGGAGCUCCACAGAGCCGAGACGAAUUUGGAGCCCUUUGUUUAAAGACGUUUAUACCUGUGGACAGGACCUCUGCUGGUCACAGUGGCAUCUCUCGCUCCAUCUCUCGCUCCCUCCCUCUCUCGCUCCCUCCCUCCCUCCCUCUCUCUCUCGCUCCCUCUCUCGCUCCCUCCCUCCCUCUCUCUCUCGCUCCCUCUCUCGCUCUCUCCCUCUCUCUCUACCGGUCGGGCUUGCUCUCUUCACCUCUCGCUCGUGCUUUUCACCCCUUUGCUCUUCACUUUCCUUGUGCGCUCUCUUCGCGUUCAAACUUGUCAAACCACAGCAUUUACAACAAUCUUUUAACUACAAGAUCUAAGUAAAUGAACAUGUAUUCUGUUCCAGAUACGGUGGCAACGCCAAGGUGGUCCACUUCCUGGGUCAGACCAAGCCGUGGAGUUACACGUACGACCCGGAGACCAAGCGGAUCAGCGGGGACAUGCAGGAGGCCUCCACACACCCCACCUUCCUCCUGGACUGGUGGAUGCUCUACUCUUCUUCUGUGGUGCCCAUGAUGACGGAGGGAUACGGAGACCAGCCCUUCCACUCUGGCUGUGUGGAAGUCAGUCUAGAAGUAUUAGCCUUUGUCCUUCCUCUACAGAACUAUUAUCAAAACAGUUUGAAUUAUUAAGCGAUUUACUUGGAUGCUUAUUGUUAGUAAAAGUCAUGCUAGACCGCCACCUCCUGACUUAAACGAUAUAAAUUAUGAUUAGUCCAUUUGUAAAAUGUAGUGAUACUUCAGUCCUGAAGGCUGAUGUCUAACCCUCCUCUCGUCUGAUAAAGUUCCAGUCCUCUGUCAAAGAAAGUCGUGACCGCAAUGGUCACUGGCAUGGGCUAUGGUCACAGAUCUAUAGUCACAAGGAAGGUGAAUGGAAGGUACGCUGAAGACUAGUCGGUUGUGAUGCUGGCUUAACAGACAACACCUUGUCACUGGUCACUAAACUAUUGCUGCUUCUUGUGGACAAUCUGUUGAACAACAAACCUGGCUUAGCUAAUACUAUAGCUGUGUGUUCUCUGGUGAUAUACAGUAGCUGGAUGGUUUGGAGUAGUGCCAAUGUCUUAAUCUGAAUGCCAGGUUGGACUACUGUUCUGUAGCUGCACUGACUGCAAAGGAACAAGUGUUUCUCCAGAGCUCUUAGUCUUGUGGCGCAGUGGUCUAAGGCACUGCAUCGCAGUGCUAACUGUGUCACUAGAGAACCUGGUUCGAAUCCAGGCUCUGUCGCAGCCGGCCGCGACCGGGAGACUCAUGGGCGGCGCACAAUUGGCCCAGCGUCGUCCAGGGUAGGGGAGGGAAUGGCCGGCAGGGAUGUAGCUCAGUUGAUAGAGCAUGGUGUUUGCAACGCCAGGGUUGUGGGUUCGAUUCCCACGGGGGGCCAGUAUAAAAAAAUAUAUAUGUGUAUUCACUAACUGUAAGUCGCUCUGGAUAAUAGCGUCUGCUAAAUAACUUAAAUGUAAAUGUAAAUGUUGUGGCUUUUCCCAGAAUUCAUCAAAUCUGUCCCGUCUAAUAUUCUUGUUUUUAUUGUCCUCCUCCAGGGAAGCAGCGCGUCACAGGACCCCCAUCACACUGAGCCGUACGUGUCACCAGAGGCAUCCGAGGAACGCAAGCAGAAAUGGGAACAGGGCCAGGCGGACUACAUGGGAAUGGACUCAUUUGACAAUAUCCAGAAAAAGCUUGAUGCUUUUCUCAAAUGA